GAGGCACCUAUCACUCAUUUCUAGCCCUACCUCGUCAUGGCUCUCCAAUCUGCUUCACCUUCACCAUCACAUCUACCUACCUGCUAUUGGUAUCUGUCCACCAGUUCACCGCCGUCCACUGCUUCUCCGUUCACCUCCUGUACCCGACAUAUCCGCUUCGGCGCGACGAGCAAAGUGAAGAGCAAGAGAGGGAAACUGACUUAUCUGCAUCUGUGACGGCGCACCCGAGUCCCUCUUCCAUGCCCAUGGCACUUUCGCGCAGCCACGAGCUCAAUCGACCCUGCCCAACACGGUCGAGGCUAUGAAGCCAAUAUCACCUACCUCCUUCCACGAGCGCAUAUCCAAAUGAUAUGGCGGGACACAGUAUGGUCGUCUCCCAUCUGUACCACAAUGAACCACCGGAUCUACAGUCCAGGUUGGAGAUGAACCCGACCCUGAUACUGUCCUGGUGGUGCACAUUGUUCUCCCUCACGGUCAUCCUCAUAAGAUUAUUCGGCCGAUGGAUCCGUACAGAGCGAUUGUUCCGGGAAGACUGGAUCAUGUUUUACAGCGUAAUACCGCUCAUGCUGCGCAUGGCCUUUGUCCAUGUCAUCCUGAUCUGGGGCACGAACAACACGAAAACCACAGGAUUGACAGAGACGGAAAUCCACCAUCGCGAGACCGGAAGCAGGUUAGUCCUGGCUGCACGCAUAUUCUACGCCGCGUACAUAUGGGUGGCCAAGUGGACAGUGCUCGAAUUCCUCAAGCGCCUGAUCGGUAAAUCAUGGGCCAAGUCCUACGAGGUCGGUCUGCGAUUUAUCUAUGGCUUCCUCAUUAUCACAUAUCUGGGGGUAGUCAUUGGUACACUUAGCGAAUGCCAGCCUUUCAGCCAUUACUGGCAAGUGGUACCAGACCCGGGCCCGAAAUGUCGAGAGGGACUGGUCCAGCUAAUUGUCAUGGGGGUAUGUGACAUGGUCACUGACGUGGUGCUUAUCGUCUUCCCCAUCCCGCUCGUCUGGCAGUCCUCGAUGCGAUUUACCAAGAAAAUAUCGUUGAUCCUCCUGUUUUUAUUAUCCAUCAUCCUGAUCGCCAUCACCGCAUACCGAAUACCUUCGACCAUCAUGCGCCGGUCUUCGCAACAAUAUCGAUCAUUGUUGGCGUCACUUGAAAUUCUCGCUGCGGCUGGCGUGUCUAAUGCUAUUGCCAUUGGUAGUUUCAUCCGCGACAAGGGCGUCAAGAAGGCGAAGUUCCGUGUUGCAUCGGUCGACGAGACGAGUUCGAUUGGUCGCAGCGUGACACGAACCCGGACGCGCUCUAUAACGCAUCAUCACUGGGGCUCGGAUGAAGAUCUCGCCAAAGGUGUUGGCGUCUCACUACCCGGCCCGCUGAGACACGGUAGCAACAAGGAACUACGCCUCGCAGAGGCCGCUACACCUCGCGACGGCUCUACUGACCUUGAGGCCGGUCUACACCACCGGCACGGCUCAGCGUUCGGUUCGAAUUGGAACUUCGCAUCGGCAUCCCGUGGUCGACGGCGCAACUCCCUAGAGAGCAUCAGCAGCACAUCGACUGACAUCAAAUUGCGCGAUCUGAAGGCUCAACUACAUGAGCCUGUGAGCCCAUCCGCCGAGCCCGAUACGCCGAGUAAGAUGGGCUUCUUCGACGUUGGUGGUCUAGUCGCCAACCCGGAAUCACCGAGUUCCUUGUCGCGGCAGACCUCCAUCCACGAUGCACGUCGAGUAUCCCUGCCGAACCCUGCAGCGUCGAGGUCGGGCUCGAAAGCUUUCUUAUCUGAUAUUGGUGGCCUCUUAUCACGGCACGCUCAUAUUCGCGAGGAAGACGAGACUCAUUCUGGUUCGACGUCCUCACCCACGAGGAAGGGCAGGAGCCCAGGUCGAUCACCGAUGCGUUUGGGAGGGGACAGAAAGAUCUCGCGAAGUAACCGCCUGCCGUCCCAAAAGGAAGAGGAUGAAGAGCCUAUACGGCCGCGCCCAAGUGGGCCUGAUGAUUUGACUUUUGUCGAUGUAGGUGGACUGCUUCGAUGAUGACGACCCUUUUCAGGAGGAGAUGCCAUGGCGUUACAGUCUGCUGGACAUCCUGUUUUCAAUGUAUUGCAGCAGCGAAGCUCGAAAAGCAAGUUGGCAGGCGAUCUGAUGUGAUUAUCGAUUGGACCUGUCCCCAUGUUUGUAUCAUUCUAGCGACGGCGUUUGGAGGCACUUUGCUUUUGGCUCGAGAUAUCCCCACUUAUAGCCAUACCAUAUGGUGGCUAUACUUUUGGAUGCGUUGGAAACUUGAAGAGGAGAUUACGAUCUUGGCUGAUGACUGGGAUGACACGUAGUGAUUUCGACGAUACCUGUGUGAUAUGUGAUAUUGUUUGUGUCUUUGCUGCUGAUGACCCUGCUUUCAGGACAGGAGAGGCCACCAGAAAUGUAAUAUUUGAAUCAUUAUCUUCGAG